AUGAAGGGAGAAUGCGGUGUUGCUGCCGCUGCUGUUGUUGCUGCUGCAGCCGCUGGUUGUGGUGGCAAUGGACCAGGGAAAAUAGCUGAAGAUGCCGCCGACACUAUUGCAGUCUGUGUCCGCAUUGGCAACGGUUUGUUUGAUUGGUUUGGCUGUAACCCUGGAGCGACGCUGUUUUACUUUAGGGGUGCAAUAGGCCGGACUCCAAAAAGAAAUCGUCAACACGAGUGGUUGCUGGGGUUUUAUGCAGCACUUCUUGGCCUGUUGCUAAUGUGUGGCUAA